GGAACUCAGGAGAGCAGCGCAGUGAUGAGAGCCGGUAUGAAAGAGCAGCGGCGCACCGGGGGAUAACACUGAUAACACCGAACACACACACUGAUCACGGAGGACUGAGCACAGUUCAAUGCACAUCCCGACUACGUGCACAGAAGGAACACCCUAACGAAGAGAUGGGCGGCGGAGGACACCGGGGUGAGCAGCUGGGGUCAGGAGAGAGCGGCUCAUGCGCACAGUACACCUGGGAAGAAGUGCAGAAGCACAAUCGCAGGGGUGAUCAAUGGCUGGUGAUUGAGAGAAAAGUGUACAAUGUGAGUGAGUGGACGAAAAGACACCCUGGAGGACGCAGAGUUCUAGCGCACUAUGCUGGAGAGGACGCAACGGAUGCAUUUACGGCCUUCCAUCCGGAUCAGCGAUUCGUGCGGAAGUUCAUGAAGCCGCUGCUGCUGGGAGAGUUGGCGCCUUCGGAGCCCAGUCAAGACCAUGGCAAAAACGCUGCUUUAAUGGAAGAUUUCCGGGCCUUGCGUAAGCAGUUGGAGGCACAGGGCUUGUUCCGCACCAGCCCGCUGUUUUUUAUCCUAUACCUUGGACACAUUCUGCUCUUGGAGGCCCUGUCUUUAGCACUCCUUUCGACAUUUGGCAAUGGCUGGAUUAUGACAAUUCUAGUGUCUGUCAUACUGGCCACUGCACAGGCUCAGGCUGGCUGGCUUCAGCAUGACUUUGGCCACCUGUCAGUUUUCAAAAAUUCUACCUGGGAUCACGUAGUGCACAAAUUUGUCAUUGGACACCUGAAGGGGGCUUCUGCAAAUUGGUGGAACCAUCGCCACUUUCAGCACCAUGCUAAGCCCAAUGUGGUCAAGAAGGACCCUGACAUCAACAUGCUGAACAUACUGGUCCUGGGAAACAUCCUGCCUGUUGAGUAUGGGACUAAAAAGUUGAAGCACUUGCCCUAUAACCAUCAGCACAAGUACUUCUUUUUGAUUGGCCCUCCCCUGCUCAUACCACUGUACUUUAACAUGCACAUUUUGCAAACGAUGUAUUUGCAACGGGAUUGGGUGGAUUUUGCAUGGUAUCUGUCCUACUAUGCACGUUACCUCACGUGUUAUGUUCCCUAUUAUGGAGUUCUGGGAUCUUUCGUGCUUCUGACUUUUGUAAGGUUUAUGGAGAGUCACUGGUUUGUGUGGGUGACCCAGAUGAACCACAUUCCCAUGGACAUUGACUAUGACAAAAAUGAUGACUGGCUCAGCAUGCAGUUGAAAGCUACUUGUAAUAUUGAGCAUUCAGCGUUCAAUGAUUGGUUCAGCGGCCAUCUCAACUUCCAGAUUGAGCACCAUCUCUUUCCCAUGAUGCCUCGCCAUAACUAUAGCCGUGCGGCUCCUCAAGUACGAAAACUUUGUGAGAAGUACGGAGUUAAGUAUCAGGUCAAAGGCCUGUGGGAAUCCUGGUGUGACAUUGUCAGGUCUUUGAAGAAGUCUGGUGAGCUGUGGCUAGAUGCCUACCUCCACAAAUAAUCAUUAUCUCACCUGUAUUUCCUUCAACGAUUGUUUAAAACCAUGUCUACAGCGUAAUCACAAUUCAACAAUAUUCACAUAGGGUUUUAAUUCAAUUGUUCUUGCCUUUAAUUCACACUUUAAUCUUCUCAUUAUCCAAUGUCCUAUAUGCUGGAACUGAUGUGUUAUUUUGGUGCUUUAUUUGUAAGUGAAUUGGGACCACAAACCUCUCCUGGAUGAAAUUUUUUUCUUUCCAUGCUGAUGAUAACAUCAGACACAAAUAAAAUCAAAUUACGGUGCUGGACUAAAUCUAAAUUCUACAAAUGUUAUAACGGUUUCUUAUAUUAUAAAUAGUUUUCUAAUAAUGCUUUUCUUUGUAUUAACCAGUUUUUUAAAAGUAAUUUACAUUUGAAAACAGACAUCUAAUCACAGUAAAAUUAGGUAGAUAACACAUUGAAAUGCAAUGUGAAUUUUUGUAGAAUUACUUAUUAAAUCUGAAACUGUUCCCCAUUUUCUAUGCUUCUUAAAGCUUGUCAUUUAUUUGAUCUUUUUCAUUUUUGGCAAAUGUCUUCUUGUGAGCAACAAUAUUUAAUCCUUGUUGUUUGAGACUGAGAUCACGAAACGUAAAAUGACCACAAAACAUGAUUACAAAACCAAUAUCAUUAUGAUAUAUCAAAAAGGCCCUGUAAUUUUUACAAGUGCAGGUACAUUUGUGUAUGUCAUAGGCAAAAUUGUGUUAUAUACGACCAAUACUUAUAAUCUCUGUAAUGUUUGCACACACCUGAGCAUUGCUGUGUUAAACCUUUGGAGGGAUGGUGAUGGCAUCUUAAGGGUUAUCAAGUUGGUACCCACCUUUUUUUCCCUUUUCCACCCUCCUUCCACUGUUUCACUAAUGAUCCCUCUACAACUCCUAAGGGUUCAACAGCGAGACCAGUGACACCAGGUUCAUUCCCUUUGAUGCCUGGUGCCCAGGAGGGGUCCCACCUCUAGAGUCACUAACUACUCUUCACAUGUAAGCCUCUUGCUCUCACAGGUGUCAUCCACUGCAUCUUUUCUGGGAACUAUAAGCUAUAAUCUAUGAUGUCCAUGAGGAUCACAGUACAAGGUCUGGCCAGAGGUUUUAUUGAAGCAAUCUCAGCUGGGAAAUAAAGCCUUCAGCGUCUUCCAAUCCUGUGCUGGGCCCUGUUGCCCAGUCUCUGGUAUAGAUGUGAGGAGCUCGGAAUGAUUCUGGCUUUUUCUGACAAAUAAAGAAGGUUAAAGAAGGUGGAUUAGAGGAAGCAGAGGCAGGUAUUGUGUAGACAUGUGAGCACCUUGUUCUGCUGCCAGAUGUAUCAGCCAUGUGUUAGACCUGUCUGGCAGCCGACCAGAAUGUGUUUCAGUGUUGCUGGGGAUAGGCAGAGUGGCAAAUAUAAAAUAGGAGGAUUGCAAUAAUUGCUACUUGGAAUGACUUAUUAACUCUGUACCUGCACCUUAUUCUGUAAAUAAAUGUAUUGAUUUGAACCCCUUUGUAGUGUCAGGAGUGAGGCUUCUCUCACUACCUCCUUAUAAACAUACAUGUGGCAUCCAACUGAAUAACAGUAUAUAAUAUAAUGAAUCAUCUUUUUAUUUUACUUUCUGGGGCAUUGCAUUUUAAAUAUUUUAACAUGUGUAUGAUAGAUUGUAAGCCUGGAAAAUUGUGAUAAGUAAAGAAUAAAACACAAAGUGGCAUCAAACCUU